UUUGUUAACUAGUGUGGCAGCUACAAAGAGUCCAAUUAUUUUCAUUGGUACCGGAGAACAUAUAGAUGAUUUUGAACCAUUCAAAACUAAGCCAUUUGUUUCUAAACUGCUUGGUAUGGGUGAUAUUGAAGGACUCAUUGACAAAGUUAAUGAAUUAAAACUAGAAGAUAAUGAAGAAUUGAUUGAAAAAAUAAAACAYGGGCAGUUCACAAUAAGAGAUAUGUAUGAGCAAUUCCAAAACAUUAUGAAGAUGGGUCCAUUUUCACAAAUCAUGGGUAUGAUACCAGGAUUUAGUCAAGACUUUUUAUCUAAAGGUAGUGAAAUGGAAUCUAUGGCUCGAUUAAAAAAGCUUAUGACAAUUAUGGAUAGUAUGAAUGAUGGAGAACUCGAUCAUAGAGAUGGAGCAAAAUUAUUUACAAAACAACCAGGACGUAUAAUUAGAGUUUCCCAGGGAGCCGGUGUUACAGAACGUGAAGUACGAGAACUUAUAUCUCAAUAUACAAAGUUUGCUGGAGUUGUAAAAAAAAUGGGUGGAAUCAAGGGAUUGUUCAAGAGUGGUGAUAUGUCCAAAAAUGUCAAUCCAUCACAAAUGGCCAAGCUUAAUCAACAAAUCACCAAAAUGAUGGAUCCUAGGGUUUUGCAACAAAUUGGUGGAAUGCCAGGAUUGCAAAAUGUUAUGCGACAGUUACAACAAGGAGCUGGAGGAGGUCUUGGUAAUUUAAUGGGUGGUUUAGGUAAAUAAAUAACUUGUAAACAAAUAAACUCUUUUUCUAAAAUAUAUUAUGUACGUUUUCAUCUGUAUAAAGUAAGAUAGAUAAUUAUCUUGUGUAAGUUGUUUCCCUUCUCAUACAAUAAUUACUCUAGUUUUACUUGGUAUGCUGGUACCACUGAUUCUAAAAUUAAUAUUUACAUCUAAAUGACUCUAUUGUAAGUAUUU